GAAAUUGAUCAUUGCAUUAGCAUAUUGCACUUUCCUGCAAUUCUCCUCCCACCCAAAAUUUUCCAUUUCUCGCCAAUUCCCAAUCGCUGGAAAACCCAAUUCGCAGCUUCGAGGAAUUCCUUCUCACUUUCAUUGAUUUUUCACCAGAAUCCAGAUCUGAAAGAACGUGAACAACAACCUUGAUUUGGGUUUUUAUAAACUGUUUUAAGGCAGGCAAUUGGGGUCACUAAAUUUGAUUAAUUUUAUGUAAUAAACAGUGUUUUGGAUUCAAUUUUUGAGAUUUGAGUUACUGGGUCAAUGGGAGUGGAUGUUAUAGAGGAAAAAGUUUAAGUUUUUAGAAUUGGGUUUUUGAUUUGGAUUUGGAUUUGGAUUUGGGAAUUUCAAGAUUAGGUUUAGUUUGUGAGAUUUUGGUUUUGUUUUGGGUAGGAGUCAUGUUCUAUGGUGCAGUGGUAUGGGACCCUUGGCUUAUUGUUGCUCAAAUUUUUUGUCUUCAAUGUAUGUACUAUAGCACACUUGGAUUUUUCUUGAGCAUUCUUGUUGGCACUCGCGUUUCACGGUUGAGCCUUGUGUAUUUCUUUGACUAUGUAACCGUUACUACCUCUACCGUUACUGGUUGGUGUGUUUGUGCUUCAUUUCUGCUUAGCUCAGCUGCAGGGGCUGUAUAUAUGCUUUAUUUGGUUGAAAGAGCAAAGAAGUGUUUGGAUUUUUCAGUCACUCUCUAUAUCAUCCAUCUUUUCAUAUGCAUUGUGUAUGGGGGUUGGCCCUCUUCUAUAGCUUGGUGGAUUGUGAAUGGUACUGGAAUUGCAUUGAUGGCUUUGCUAGGUGAAUAUCUGUGUAUCAGACGGGAACUCCAGGAGAUACCAAUACCACGAUAUCGUUCAAAUGUUUGAUUGGCAGAAAGAAGUAACUCGAGUCUUGAAUUCAAGAAAGGAGUUGUACUACAGGAUGAUAACAACUUUUGCUUCUAUACAUCGGAUGAUCUCGAAGAUAAAGCCUAUGUACUCUGCAUAGUUCUAUUAUGCCAUUGAAAGACCUGCAUUUACUUUUCUAUUCUUUAGUUGCAAUAGCUUUUAAACAUAGAAAACCAGACAGAGAUUAGGUACAUAAUUUUCCAGGAAGUUCUGAAAGUGUUAUGUAGGUUAUUCUCAUCCGAUUUCGUUUUUUUCUUUCCUUGUAACAGUAUGCGUUUAGUUGAUUGAGCUUCUAUUCUUUUUACUCUUUUGUGAGUUAUUGGAUCUAUUUGAUUUCUUGGAAAUAUAUAUUAGUUCUGCGCCAUUUCUGGUUUACUGUUAAAAGGGUUGUUGUAUCAGAUUGGACAAUGAAUCUCAAUAAAAUUCUGAUUUUAACUUUUCUUUGA